UCUCUCUCUCUCUCUCGUGUCACUGAGCUGAGAGUACACUCAUCAUCCUCGCCGAAGCGUUUCACACCGAAGAAAAGCGAUGGCAGCUGCGAACCGUGUCCUGGUUUACGGAGGAAAGGGUGCUCUCGGGUCGACAUGCGUGCAUUAUUUCAAAUCGAAAGGCUGGUGGGUUGCCAGUAUCGACAUCGCAGCGAAUGAAGAAGCGAACGCAAACGUGCUGGUGAAGCUCUGCGACUCAUUUACUGAACAAGCCGCACAGGUGACGUCGGAUGUAGCCAAGUUGCUUGGGGAACACAAAGUUGAUGCCAUUAUUUGUGUGGCUGGAGGAUGGGCCGGAGGAAACUGCGGUUCAAAAGACUUGUAUAAGAAUACUGACAUGAUGUGGAAACAGAGCGUCUGGACCUCCACCAUUUCCAGUCAUCUUGCCUCUCUGCAUCUGAAACCAGGAGGCCUGCUGACCCUCUCUGGAGCGAAGGCCUCCCUGGCCGGCACUCCUGGUAUGAUCGGGUACGGUAUGGCCAAAGCUGCAGUCCAUCAGUUAUGCCAAAGUCUAGCUGGUGAAGAUAGUGGUCUUCCUUCUGGAGCCGUAGCUGUGGCCAUUCUUCCGGUUACCUUGGAUACACCAAUGAACAGGAAAUUCAUGCCAGACGCAGAUUUUGGAAGCUGGACGCCGCUGGAAUAUAUCGCAGAAACAUUCUACAGCUGGGCCACUGGGUCAGGACGGCCAGCCUCAGGCAGUCUCAUUCAACUGGUGACGACUGGGGGGAAAACUGAGGCCUCGCUGGCCCAGUAAAGGUAGAACAGAGGAAAAAGACAAAUUUAAAGAAUGAAGGGGAGAAAUGUUUACCAGUAUACAGUGCAGCAGAGAAGAUGGUUAGGAAAACCUGUUUACCAAAAAAAAAAGAUGUUAAAGUUGGUUUCUUGUGGGUACACUAGUAAAGCAGCAUCUUAAACGUAUGUUGGUGAGCAGAGGCUUUUUAAAAGAACAAUGAGAGGCCUUUCUUUUAAUGCUGUCUUUUUGGAAGUACUUGGUAUUUCGGAGUGUCCAGUCUCCAAAGUAUUAUCCUGUAUGUUUUAUAUAAGUCUGUCUUAUGUGCUUUUCUGCAGUCUAACUCUUUAAAGAAGUGGCCUUAGUGUAAAAGUGUGAUUGUGUGUUUACUUGUUAAAAAUAAUAUCAUGUAUGGAUGCAGUAUUUACUUUCCAGUUUAUUACGCCGCUGUGUAUGUACCAACCAUAUUGAAAAUAAAGAAAAACAAUUAAAACAA